AUGUUUUCUCAUUUCUCAUUUCAUGCUAGAAGGAAUGUAAAGGUCUGUUAGAAAUUUUCAGAACAUUUCAGAACAGCCUGCUUUAUAUGCAACACUCUAAUACCUGCAGUUGAAUGCAUUCAUGGAGAAAGAAAGGUAAUUAGAAAGAAAAAGUGUUUGUUUUCACAGAAAGGUAGGCGAUAUCCCUUUUGUUUUUGUUUUUGGCUGACCCACCUAUUACAGUCUGGCACGUGAGGAAAAGAAUAAUGGCAUUUUUUUAUUGUUCUACUCAUAUGACAAAUGCAAACAUUCCUGAGCUCCUCCUAACUGCACGGAAGCACCUGUAUGAAUUGCGAAAUUUAACAGAUGCUAGAGAGAAUAUAAAGCAUGGAGAGAGACCUAAUGGGAACAACAGCAACACAUUAGGUGCUUGUGUACAACAUGAUCUGGAUCAUUAGCUUCUUGGCUUUGGUUGCUUCCACUCUGGGAUGUGGGGUGCGUCAAAUGGAGCGUCACCUGGCAGGUGAAAUUGACAAAAGAUCUAUAAGUGCUGCUCGAGCUCUAUCAAGUGUUAGGGAUCUGCCAAAUGUACCAAAUGUAGUUGGGGGAGGUCCUGCAGGUAUUAUUCAUGGAAACGAGGCACACUCUUGGCCCUGGCAGGUCUCUAUCCAGACAUCCAGAGGUCAGCAAUUCUGUGGUGGUACCCUGAUCAGCAAAAACUGGAUCCUCACUGCUGCCCACUGUUCAGUUCAGCCUAGAAAUGACUAUGUGGUCCUUGGACAGUAUGACCGUGGUUCCAAUAAUGAAGAUAUUCAAGUCAAGAAAAUUUCCAAGGUCAUCACCCAUCCUGACUACAAAAAACAGACCAAGUACAACAAUGAUGUUGCACUACUGAAAUUGUCCAGUCCAGUACAGAUGACGUCCCGUAUCUCUCCUAUAUGUCUGUCGAGCUCCUUAACCAGCAUCCGCCCUGGGACUCUUUGUGUCACCACUGGCUGGGGCGCAACUGAAACUGUCUCAAAUCCUCGAAUUCUGCAGGAGGCCACUGUGCCAAUAGUGAGUCAAGCUCAGUGUAGGCAGUUUUGGCAUAGGAUCAGUAUAACAGAUGCCAUGAUCUGUGCUGGAGCCUCUGGAGCCUCAUCUUGUCAGGGUGAUUCUGGUGGUCCUCUGAUGUGUGAGAGUUCAGGUGUUUGGUACCAAGUGGGCAUCGUUUCCUGGGGCCACGAAUCCUGCAGCACUGACCGUCCAGUAGUCUACACCCGUGUCUCUUACUUUCGCCAAUGGAUCAAUGAAAUUAUUAGAUUCAGCUAGAGCACCAGCUUAAGUCUCAUGCCUCACAGUUUUUUUUUUUUUUUGUCUGAAUAUUUAUUCAUUAGUCCAGUGAUAAAAUUGUGUCUUCAUAACACUGUUACUGCUAUGAAAAUAACUCAUGACAUAAUGCCAACAGAAUUAUUAAAAGCACUUUAUAACUUAUUUAUCCACAAUGUUUCAUUUUAAUUACCUAUUGAUUGUGCUGAACUUAUGUAUGCAUACAUACUUAUGGCUGAAUAAAUAUUA